AUGAAAGUAAAUAAUAAUAAUAUUGAAGGAUAUUUCAAUGUUAUUGAUAUAUCAAAACCAACACAUGAAUAUUAUAGAUAUUAUUCAGAUACUGGUACAAUAUGUAAUCAACAACUAAAUGUACUAGUUGAUAGUGAUUCACUUGAAUUGCCAAAUGUUGAUUUUGUCAAUAAUAGUCUAGAGGCAUUUGGAAAAUGUGAGAAAUAUGAAUAUUACCAUCUUUCUCGUAAACUAUGGGCCAUCACAUUAAGAUAUGGAAUAGGAGUCUUUCCAGAAUCAUUGGUCAACAUUUCAUUACCAAUCGAUGGUUCCUAUUACAUAUUUACUGCUCCCUCUUUUAAUUGUGUUGAUCCUGCCUCGUUGACCUACCAAAUCACUCCAUUGGAAUAUUCACUCGAUCGUAUCUCUGCCGUAUUUGAAAUCAUUCCGAGCCACAACUUUUAUCUCUAUGACUCACCAUCUUGUUCCGCACCAUUCCCCGGUAUUUUAUGUGGUGCAAGUUUACCAAGACCCUAUGGUAUUGUCAUUGUAAUGUCCAUAGCCUUGACCAAAUCAAUUACAACUCUUACCACUCCAUUCAAUUUGACUAUAACAACAAAUGUUGGUCAUUUAGUACAGGUUCCAGUCAUCCCUCGUUAUACUGUAGGACCAGUUGACAUGUCAUUUCUAUCAAACUCUCAAUCUCCCCCAAGAGGUUAUACAAUGCCUGUUAGUGAUGGUUAUUAUUAUCCAUCUAGUGCCACCUUUGACAUCGUCUUUUCUGACCCCUCCCAAGUAAACAUUAUUACUUCAACGUCAUCAGGUUAUAUAAUGUAUCCACUCAUUCCAGUACUUGGAAACCAAAAGGAUGGUCUAAAAUUCAUAGACUCUCCCAUUUCAAAUGGAUUUUCAAGUUCUCAAAGAUCUUAUCUUCUUGCCAAUGCUUCUCAAGCUAUUAAUUUUACUUAUAUUUGUAAUUCUUCUUUAUUAAUUCAACAAUCUCCCUUACCAAAUAAACCAGAAUUUCUAGUUUAUGAAUUUAAUGAUACAAUGUCAAUUUAUUCAAUGACUUUUACAAUUUCACAAAUAUCUUAUCCACUUCGAUUUAGAUAUCAAUUGGAAGAAAUAAGAAAUACAAAAUUUGAAUAUCGUAUACCAGCUCCAUUUGGUUAUACUGUAACACAAGCCAUACAACAAUUUACCAUUCCAAUGAAUGAUAUAAAACAUAAAGAUAUUGUAUCUUUUAUUUUUCAACAAGAUUCUGAAGGUUCAGAUUCAUCUCGUUAUAAUUUAUCAAAUAUAAUAAUUCAAUCAGAUUAUAUACAACCAAUAAUUUAUAAUAUAAGUUAUAAAAAGGUAUCACCACAAAGUUAUUUAGUUACACUCAACUUGUAUGAUGAAGAUUCUGGUAUUGAAUGGAUAUCAUUCAAAGAUCAAUUAUUUGGAUCAAAUACUUUGGUUGAUGGUACCAUUCAUAAUGGUACAUUUGUAUUUGAAACAUUUGAACUCAUUCCAGAAUCUGAUCUUACAGCUGCACAAUAUUUCCAAUAUCGUGAUUUAUAUGUUGCCGAUGGUGCUUGGAAUACUUUUGGUGAUGAAUUUAAAGUUUAUAAUGUUUAUGAUGAUAAAAUUCAUUUAUUUCCAAAAAAUCCUUUUUCAAAUAAAUUUGUAACAGCAGAAAAUUUUACAAGAUUUGAAUUUAUACCAAAUAUAAUUGAUACUACAAAUGGAGAGGUUAAUGUAUCAUUGGUAUUUAAUUUAACAACAGAUGGUUUAUUAGACAAGAAUAAUAAUUUAGUAAUGUCAUUAUUACUUUCAACAUGGUCACCUUUUUAUAUAAUGUCAUGGGGACAAUUAAAUAUAACAUCGACAUCUUAUUUCCAUCCAAUUGAUCAAUUAUUUAGAAUUGAUUUUACAGUACCACAAUAUACAAAUAAUAUUACUGCUUCUUAUGGUUUUACUCAUCUCUUACUAUCUCCCAUUCAAACUUCAUUGGUUGAAAAAUUUGGUUUAAAAGCUUCUCUUGAAAUUAAUUCAAAUAAUUCAAUGGAUCAUUUACCACCAUAUUUUGAAUCAAUAAUCAUUCCUACGAGUCCAACAAAUGGUUUGAUAGAAUACGAAUUUACAAUUAUAGAUUUAGUAAAUGGAUUUGAAAAUGGUUCAAUUGAAAUUAAAUCAAGUAUAUCACCUAUACCAUUUGUAUUUCAUUUUGAUCAAUCUACAUUGGUUAGUGGUGGUACACCAUACAAUUCAACUUAUAGAUUUAAUAUUACCAUUGAUGAAUCAACUUGUAAUAGUCAUACAUUAUCAAUUGGUUAUACUAAACUUGUUGAUAAAGCUGGUUGGACUUCAGAAUAUAAACGUCAACGUCUAUCCCAAACUGAUCCAAUUCAAAAAAUUGGUUAUUUUAAUCCAUUUUAUUAUUUAAUCAAUCAAUUACCAACUUUAAUUACAACUAUUAAUUGUAAUCCAUCAUUUAUUGAUUUAUUUCCACCUACUAUUUUAUCAUUUAAUGUUUCAAAGAAAAUAUUAAAUGUUGGAUCAAAUGAUAGAUAUAUAUCAAUUGAUUUGGAAAUUACAGAUGGUGCAGGAGUUGGUAUUUUUAAUAAUUAUACUCCAACAGUUUAUUUAUGGGGUAAUCAAGGUGAAUGGUUAUCCGUUAAUCCUUCUUUGCCAACAACAGAUAGUUUAAUAUUUUCAUAUGAUAUUAUUGUACCACAUGGGUUUGGUGUAAAUGGUAUAUUGCUAUCAGUUUAUGGUCUAAGAGAUAAACAAGAAAAUCUUGAUGGAUAUUCUUCAACAAGAUUAUGUAGUCAAGGUUUUCAAUGUAUGAUCAAUACUACCUAUUCUACAGAUAUUCCAAAUAUUUCAAAUGUUACAAAUCUUUAUAGUUAUCCAAAUUAUGUUCCUGUAUCAAGUGAUGAUGAAGUCAUUACUAUUCGUGGAAGAGGAUUUGGAGAUGACCCAUCAAAACUAAUCGCAACUUUAGUUUAUCAAGAUGGUGAACAACAACAUACAAUUCUAUGGGUUCAUCAUAUUAUUGCAUUUAUACAAUAUAAUCCAAGAAGAGCAGUACCAAACAAACCAGUCUUUGUUGAAUUGAUUAGAGUUGGACAAGGAGGUAACUUUUUAUCUGUAUAUCCAAAAAUAUUACCUGCUCCCAUUGUUCCACCACCACCACCACCAUAUAUCCCCAAACCAAUACCAUGUUCCUCAUCACCAUCUGCAUCUAUCAAUUGUACUGGUAAUGGUGUUUGUACAGUUGGCGAUGGUUGUCGUUGUAAUAAUGGAUGGUCAGGAUUCUUUUGUGAAUCUACAAUUAUCAAUGUUGAUCGACCAACUUUUAACCAAACAUCACCAAUGGUAGAUAUCAUUGUAAAUAAUACAAAUAGUCAUACUGUUAUUAGAUCAAUUAUAUCAGUUGUUGCUAUUAGAGAAUUGACAAUGGAUGAUCAAGUUUUCAAAGAGUAUAGACCAAAAAAUUGGAUAUUAAAUAUUACAACACCCGAUAUUAAUAAUAAUAAUAAUAGUAUUGUAAUGAAUUAUCAAACACAACUCUUAAAUAUAUCAACCAUUGUCAAUGUAACUAUAGAAUGGUUUGCAAUUGCCAGUCAAGUUGAAUUUGCCAAUCAAACCAUUCAAAUACCAGCAACAAGUACCAAAGUAUCAAUUGGUAUAUCAUCAUAUCCAUUCAAUUCCUAUACAAAUACAUUACAAGUUAUAAUGAAAACAUCGGUAGAAGCAGAAUAUGAAUCUAAAUGUACAUCAAAAGAAUAUGGUGGUGAUUCAGACAAGGAUAUAGAAUGGAUGAAAUUAAGUAUUGAUGAUAAAUCUUUGUUUGGUCAAUUCAUUAAAAGAGGUGUAAUUGAUAAUGAUCAAAUUUCAACCAUAAAUAAUGAAAUUGUAACAGAUUUUAUAGACAACGAUAGUGUACAGCAGUCAAAUUCAUCAUUUUCAACAACCUAUAUUGGAUUAAAUAUACCAAUAUUUUUUACAUCUGUACAAUUAGAUCCAAACUUUGUUCAUUUAAUAGAUGUUGAUAACAAGGUUGGUACAUCAAUUGAAUCCACUUGCAAAGGUAGUGAUGAAAAAGGAUUAUCAAUGGGUAAAAUAGCAGGAAUCGUUGUUGGUUGUAUUGUUGGUGCUGCUAUUGGAGUUGCUUUAACCAUCUAUCUCACUCGACGACAUCGUGAAAGAAAACUUGAUCGUAAUACUCAAUUAAAGUUACAAAGAGUUAGUCAACAAAUGAGUAGAUAA